GAUAGCCACGAUAGCAAUCCAUUCAGGCUUCCUCACCCCUACGCCUGAAGCCAGAUGAAACCACCCAACAGGUGCCCCAACCUCUGUCCCCACGGCGACGCUCGCUGGAGGGGACAAAACAUCGUUACAGUCACAUUGAUGCUGCUCGUAUUCAUAAUAGCAGUCAUCUCGGUAUGCACUGUUGAAAUCAUCAGGGUUCUCAACAUUAAUGCGUACCUCUCCCCCUCCUCUCCGCUGAGCAGUGAAGACCAACUAACCUUCUACCCUUAGCAUCACGGCCGUAGCUCUCGGGGUCAUAACGCUCGUGCACACAGUAGUCGAUAUAUCCCUCUAUCUCAACUCAAAGCUGAAGCCAGUCUAUGUAGUCGCCAUGUCCAGCAUCAUGUUCUCCUUCUGGCUCACCUUCUCCAUCUGGGAAGCGGUCGAGAUGGGAUUCAUGAGUUACGACGACCACUUCGUAUACUCCGACGGCACCUACCGAUGCAGCGUCGUGGACAUCCAUUACUAUCCGAGCCAGGGCUCCAACGAAUGGUCCUGCCCUUUGCCCAAGACCAGGUUCUCAUUCUCCUGGAUUCUGGUGUACGUACAUAACGCUCCGAACCUCUCGAGGCCCAGCCGACCACUGAUCGUCGAUAAACUAGGCUCUUGUACGUCGCGGCAAUCGUCUAUUCGGCAAGGGCGUUGAAGCAGGAAAAGAAGGACACCUUCCAACGACAGGUGGACCAAGCCGUUCUGGCGUUGAAGGCGAUCUCGCCACCGAUAUUGGGAUGUCCUCAGUGCGGAGCGCAAAUGCUUCCACACCAUCUGUACACCGACCUACCCAGCCCUCAGUACGUUCAGAGGAAUCCGGCGGUGACGGAUAGCGAGAAGGACAUCUCCGAGCUCAGAAAGAGCUACAUUUUCCCCUAAGCAACCGAUUCGAAGGUGCUUCUCUCGUCCCGGGUGCUCUCCUGAUGACUUACGGCUCUGGUUUCCUUCCUUCUAUUCCUUCUUGUGUCUCAUUUCCUAGGGUUAUAUUGUUGGAUGGAUAUCGUUCUUCAUAGGUGAUCGCAUUCGUCAGUGAGAGGAUUUCAUCUCUGAUCUCUCUCUCUCCGCUGAUGGUGGCGUAUGAUAACGAAGGAGGUUUCUGAUUUCUUCCUUCCUUGCCGUUAUUUGUAACCCAGAAUACAGCAUAUUUAUUUGGGGGGGGUUUUUUUUUUCCCAUUCAGGCAUCCAUCCACCCGGUCGACACAUCAACGGCAGUUCCCGAUUGGGAACUCUCUCGCUGCGAAUAAGCGUACCGGUAGUGAAGUCCCGCGUUCAUAGACGCUCGUUUAAGCGCUUUGCGGGAAAUUCUUUGAAAGGCUAGCUAAAUACCAAACCCGAGCCCCACCAACAUGCCUGAGAUAAAUCGCACACAAAGCUCGGCAUCCCACCGCAGCCAUUAUCCAAAGCCACAUAUCGCAGCGCAGUAUCCGUAGAGUAGAGCAGAGUGCGGGUAGAGGAGGAUAGCGAGCAAUACCAUAUGCGCCUCAUCAGUGCCCCCGC